AGUGGCCGGAACGCGGAAGUGGUGGGCUUUUUAAAUGAUAUAUUGACGACACCGAGCGAGCGCCUGUCAAAAGAAAAGUUUACUUUCACUUUCAUGACUGCCUGGAUUAGGAGCAGGCGGAGUAGGAAGAGUGGGCCUUCCUCGGAAACGAAACUAAACGCCGUCAUACGUCAUCUGAUUGUUGGGUCGAUGGCGAGUGCUUGUCUUUAGUACGUUUCAGGUUGCUUAAAAUACCAGCGCUAAGCUGAGUUAGCAUGAGCCGUGCUGGGAACAUGCGAGCGAGCGAGGAAGAGACGCUUAUGGACGACUAUUUGGCCUCCAUCGGACUGCAUCGGAAACGGGUCGCCAAGGACGGGUCGUGCUUGUUUCGUGCCGUGGCCGAACAGGUUCUUCACUCCCAAAGUCUUCACUUACAAGUUCGCACCCAGUGCGUUUGCUUCCUAAGGCAACAUAGAGAAAGCUAUGAGGCAUUCAUUGAAGGUGAUUUUGAAGAGUACCUGCAGCGGCUUCAGGACCCGCAGCAGUGGGCAGGUGAAGUGGAGAUGAACGCGCUGGCCGUCAUGUUCAAGAGGGAUUUUGUGAUCUUUCAAGAGCCUGGCAAAUCCCCGGUGGAUAUCACAGGCAACAAGUUCAAGGAGAAGAUCCAGCUAAUUUUUUUGAAUGGAAAUCACUACGACAGCGUUUAUCCCAUCAGCCAUAUAAAGAAUUCUGCGCUCUGCCAGUCCAUCCUGUACGAGCUGCUGUACACCGACGUCUUCCAGCUGAACCGGCACACCGUGACUUCCUGUCAGUCGAGAGGCCGAACCAGCGAGCGGCUGAGCGACGACAGUAUGGCGCCGUGCCUCAGCAGCGAUGACUCCGACUCAGAAGCGGAGAACUUGUUCAGGAGCAACAACAGCCGGAUGAGGGGGCGGGGUCGCGGCCUUAUGUUGCCAGAGAGUGUGCGCCGUUCACUGAGCGAGAGUCUGUACCGAAAUGUUGCAUAUGACGUGUGGCACAAGUCCAAGAAAGCUCAACUCAAGCAGGAUUACUGCAUGGCCGCCGGGAUGCAGUACACCGUCGGCCAACGAUGUCAGGUGUGGCUGGAUGGAAGUGAACAGAGCUACAACGCCACCAUUGAGGAAAUCCCGCCCGAUGACGGCCCGGUGACUAUUUACACGGAAGAAGAAGGCCAACUACGCGUUCCUCUGUGGAGCCUACGACCCGUGACGUCAGAAAGCCCGGAAUGGAGUCCCAUCCACGGUCGGGAGAGAAGAAUCUGCAACGGACAGCAAGAAGGGCCUCGGGGCUCUGGCAAGUCCGGACCAAAGUCCUCUGGUUUCAGAGUGGGCUCAAGUGGACGUGCGUACCAGCAGAAGUCACGCGCGCCGCAUGAAGAUCUGAGACGCUACAAGAGGAGCUCAGCAGACACUUUGUCAUUUGGUAUAACCAGUGGGGAGCAUUUGCCCAAAGAGAAGGAGCAGGUGGAAAUCCAUCUCAAGGAUGAGCUCAGCUUCCCGGCUCUUAGGAGUCCACUUGAAGUUGUUGGCAGGCGUUCUCUCUCUGCUGCGGAAACACAGAAGAUCACCCCUGAGCCUCUUCACAUGGGUGACGCGUCUCCCUCGUCUGUCCCAUCCUCAAAUGUUCCCCCUCCCGCACCCACGAGCUUCCCAGCUCCCACGUUCAUAGCUCCCAUCGCACCGUGUCCAGGGGCCACGAGGGCCUUUGUCCCCCGUCUAUCCUCACCCAGUCCUCCAGUGUACCCGAGCUCCUCGUCACCGGUGCCUCCUCUUCCACAAGUCACUGAUGCCCUCCGACCUUCAGCUCAGAGGCCACGUAAGACAUGGGACCUCUCUGACUUUCCAGUUAAAUGUCCGGAUGCCGGAGACGCCGGGAGUGUGUCGGUGCUCCACAACCAGGGCAGUGCAACAAUGGACCCGAUGGCCGCUCAAGAAUUGAAGGAUCGGGUGGCGGAUGUCGGCAGCAAAACGUGGGAUCCCCUUCCCAGCCAAGACCUUCAGGUCCAAUCGCGGCCUACUCCCUCUCCCCCCAUCAGUCCGACACUCCAGAAUCCCAGUGAGAAUUCACCAGCUCAUGAGGCCUUGGCCGCUCCCUCCUCUGGCUCCCCCCAGCUUUUGCCCACUUCUCCCUUCCCACUCGGACAGCCCCCGACACUCCCCGGAGGCAUCCUGGUGCACCACCUCUACCAGGAUCCCCUGUACCCCGGCUUCCCCCAAGAAGCGAACGGCAAUGUGCUGCCAGCUCCAGAGUUUUCUCUCCGCACUUCGGGAGAAGACCUCCCCCAGGAUGUAAACGUCUUGAGGUUUUUCUUCAACUUGGGUGUGAAGGCAUACACCUGGCCCUUCUACAUGCCCUACCUGUACCUGCUGCCCCUCCAGCAGGCCCACAUCAUGCAGCCCCGAGUCCAGAUGCCCCACUGCCCUCCCGAAGCCCCCCUCCAGCCCACGUGUCCCUCCGCAGCGGUUCCUGUGCAACCAGGUGAGCCCGCUAACGGAUGUGGUGACGCGUGGCCUGCACCCCACAGACCUGCGUACCAGGCAGCGGGAUCCGACAUGCAGACUCCACAGUGUGCCGCGUUGCCGUCGUACCCUCAGGACCCCCACGCCAAUGUGCUCCACAGAGGCUCCCUGCAUGCUUUUCCAGUCAACGCGGCGCUUGCAUAUAAUUCAGGAGACAAUGGCAUGAAUGCGAUGCCGCGGCCUGACAUCCCCCCAGCACUGGGAAGGGCAGCCCCUUUGGCCCACAUCCCUCCGGGGGGUCACAGGGCGCCUCAUCAUCACCCGUCAGUGGGCUGCAACACCGAUGAAAUCGACGAGUCAGCCAUUUUGCGGCUGGGGCCGAGCAGACACUACAGAGGACGAAGACCGGGUGGGCGAGGAGGCUACAGGAGGAGACGUGGGCGGGAACCAGGCAACUACUUCUGAUGCACCUAUAAAGAUGUUCAAACUGCAA